GAACAUUUCGGUCCUUUCUCGUUGAAGAACAUGGCCGACAUUUUGGUAUUGCUGUCAUGAAGAUUUUUCAGUGACAAAAUUUAACUUUGUAGUCCUUCAUGCACGGUUUUAUGUUCCGCAAUCGUUUUAUUUUUUAAUUAUUUAGAAGGUGAUUAGUGAUAAGAAUUUUUUUGUUAAAAAAAUGGCAGCCGAUCGCGAGAUUGCUGCUGAAGACAGUAUCAGAGUGGUAUGCCGAUUUCGACCACUGAAUGACUCUGAAGAAAAAGCUGGUUCAAAAUUUAUCGUGAAAUUUCCAUCUGGACCUGAUGAUAAUUGCAUUUCUAUAGGGGGUAAAGUAUACUUAUUUGACAAAGUAUUCAAACCCAAUGCAACCCAAGAAAAAGUCUACAAUGAAGCUGCCAAAAGCAUUGUAUCAGAUGUUCUGGCAGGCUACAAUGGAACUAUAUUUGCCUAUGGUCAAACAAGUUCUGGGAAAACACAUACCAUGGAAGGUGUCAUAGGAGAUCCAGGAAAACAGGGUAUUAUACCAAGGAUUGUCAAUGACAUAUUCAAUCACAUUUACGCCAUGGAAGAGAACUUGGAAUUUCAUAUUAAAGUGUCAUAUUUUGAAAUCUAUAUGGACAAGAUCAGAGACUUGCUCGAUGUGUCAAAAGUAAAUCUCAGUGUCCAUGAAGACAAAAAUAGAGUCCCAUUUGUAAAAGGUGCUACAGAACGUUUUGUAUCAAGCCCUGAAGAAGUUUUUGAAGUUAUUGAGGAAGGCAAAUCAAAUAGACAUAUUGCAGUCACAAACAUGAAUGAACAUUCAUCACGAUCUCACUCUGUCUUCCUUAUAAAUGUCAAACAAGAAAAUUUGGAAAAUCAAAAGAAACUCUCAGGAAAGCUCUAUCUUGUGGACUUGGCUGGUUCUGAAAAGGUAUCAAAAACUGGUGCUGAAGGCACUGUCCUGGAUGAAGCUAAAAAUAUUAAUAAAUCACUUUCGGCAUUGGGUAAUGUAAUUUCAGCAUUAGCUGAUGGAAAUAAAUCUCAUAUUCCAUACAGAGAUUCCAAACUAACUCGAAUUUUACAAGAGUCACUUGGUGGUAAUGCAAGAACCACAAUUGUAAUUUGCUGCUCACCUGCUUCAUUUAAUGAAAGCGAAACUAAAAGUACACUUGAUUUUGGUAAAAGAGCUAAGACAGUCAAGAAUGUUGUAUGUGUCAAUGAGGAAUUGACAGCUGAGGAAUGGAAACGUCGCUAUGAAAGAGAAAAGGAGAAAGUGGCUAGGCUGAAGGGCAAGGUUGAAAAACUAGAAGCUGAACUGAAUCGCUGGCGUUCUGGUGAGACUGUCAGACUAGAAGAGCAAGUAAAUCUGCAGGAGAUUGAAGCUGUUACUCCAGUAACAUCAUUUAUUGAAGAAAAACCACCAGCACCUCCUGUACCAGUGGCUGUCGCCAGUGUUGUCGAAGACGCCGCAAUGCAGGCUAAGUUAGAAGCUCUCUACCAACAGCUGGAUGACAAAGAUGAAGAGAUCAACCAACAUUCUCAGCUUGUUGAGAAACUUAAGGAACAGAUGAUGGAACAAGAAGAAUUAAUUGCCUGUACAAGGCGCGAUUAUGAGGCGUUACAAGGAGACAUGAAUAGAAUCCAACAAGAAAAUGAAGCUGCUAAAGAAGAAGUCAAAGAAGUUCUACAAGCUCUUGAAGAGCUCGCCGUUAAUUACGACCAGAAGUCGCAGGAGGUAGACAGCAAGAGCCGCGAGUGCGAUCAGCUGUCUGAAGACUUGCAAUCCAAACAGAGCGCCCUGACUAGUGCUACGGCGGAGCUGCAACAACUUCGUGAUUUAUCUGCACAUCAACGAAAACGCAUCGCAGAAUUAUUGACAAAUUUACUUCGAGAUCUCGCCGAGAUAGGAGCUGCCGUCGGAGGAUCUGAGCUCGACUUCAAACUCAAUGUAGACACUGUCGGGAAACUGGAAGAGGAGUUUACAGUGGCUCGUCUCCACAUCAGCAAAAUGAAAAGUGAAGUCAAAAAUAUUGUACAGCGAUGCCAUUCACUUGAAUCUGCUAACAUCGAUGCUAAUCAGAAGAUUGAAGAAUAUGAGCGAACACUUGGUGAAUGUCGCCUUUUGAUCUCCCAACACGAAGCCCGUUGUGCAUCGCUAGCAGAGUCGAUGCGUGAGGCCGAAAAUAAGAAACGACAACUCGAGGAAGCUGCUGACGCUUUACGUGAAGAGUGUGCUCGCCUACAGGCGGCCGAGCGCGUACAGCUGGCGGCGGCGGAGGACUCGCAGGUCCGCGGCGCGCUGGAGGCCCAGCUGGAGCAGCUCCGCGCCGCGCACUCCACGCAGCUGUCUGCGCUGCGGGACGAGCUCGCCGCGCUGCAGCGACAACACCAGGACCUCAAGGACACGUACCAGGAGCUAACCCUGGCGCGGCAGCAGCUACAGGACGACUACGAGAAGCUGAAGCGCGAGGAGGCCGACAAGUCCGCCAAACUGAAGGAACUCAUUCAAAGCGUGGAGCGGCGUGAACAGGCUCGCGCUGAUCUCAAGGGCUUGGAAGACACCGUGGCUAAGGAACUACAGACCCUGCACAACCUGCGUAAACUCUUUGUUCAAGACCUGCAGGCGAGGAUAAAGAAAUCGAACAAUUCUGAAGAGGGCGCCGAGGAGGAAGGCGGUUCCCUUGCACAAAAACAAAAGAUCUCGUUCUUGGAGAAUAACCUGGAGCAACUGACGAAAGUCCACAAGCAGCUCGUGCGUGACAAUGCCGACCUGCGAUGCGAAGUGCCCAAGCUGGAGAAACGACUCCGAGCCACCAUGGAACGUGUCAAGGCACUCGAGACAGCGCUCAAGGAAGCAAAAGACGGUGCAAUGCGCGAUCGCAAACGAUACCAGUUCGAAGUGGACAGAAUCAAGGAAGCCGUGCGCGCUAAAAAUCUCGCUCGCCGCGGUCCACAGGCCCAAAUCGCGAAGCCAAUACGCGCGGGCGGCGGGCACCUGGCGGGCGGCGCGGGCGCGGGCGUGCUGCGACCCGCCGCCGCCGCGCAGGACAUCAAGCGGAAGUCUAUCAUCGUCGGCGCUAGAGAUGAAAGUUGAAGCAAUUUGCAGUCACGUCGUAGAGAAUUUAAUGAAAGUUCAUAGAUGUACCUACGAAGAACGACGAAAUUCAAUCUUGAAAUAUAUCCAUUAUAAUAUUACUAUUGUGUUAAGAGAAGCCUAAAAGUAAACCGAAAAAAAAGAAAAAAAAAGUAUAGGUCUCCUAGGCUUAAAUCUUUUGAGCUAUCUAAUCUUAACGUCUCUAUGUGCACAUGGAUUUAAUACAAUUAUAAAAAAGCUUCUUGCAAAUUAUAGGUCAGGUUUCAUAUGAAUUCCGACGAUUGUAGUUUUUAUGCUAAAUGUAUUAUUAUAACAUUUAACCAGGGCAGCAGAUUUGAAGCUUCGAUUGUCUUGUCGCUAAUUUUAAAGUGAAUGUAGAAUAUUUUAUGAAAUGACAAAAAGUAUUAAAUUUUGUUUCUGAACUUAAUGCUUCGUGCAUUUUAUUCUAAAUUAAAUUGUAAAGAUUAGUGAAUAUAUUUUGCUCACGGAAAGAAACUGGGCGGGAGGUAUGAAAAUUGUUCAGUACAAAGAUAUGCCGAGCCAGUUACCAGAAAAUGUCAGCAGAAAUAAAUUGUAGUUUCUUCCUGUGAGUGUUUUAAUGAUAAUUUCAGAGAUGCAAUAUGUCGUUAAAUGUAAGAAUUAUUAGCUGUGAAUUACUCUGCAGACUAGCAUGUGCUGCCGCACAAAUAAAGAAAUAAAAAAUACAAAAAAAAAUAUGGCCACAUUAUUAUUUCCAGGUGUGGUGGCAAAUGCAUUAUGGUGUGCAUCUUCGAUGUGUAGUUGUAGUUUAAGCUUCUUUAAUAUAUAUUUUUAUAUAUUGUGAUAAGCGUUGAUAUGCCGAUUAUGUGAGCAUUUAAAUAGAUAUGAAAACUAACCUUUUAAACGAUUAUUUUAAAGUGCUAUGGGUGCUAACGCGAGUGCUCUGACAAACAUUAAGCAAGUUCACUUCAUCCCCGGUAGGAGUGACAGCGGGAGUGCCUACGCGACUUGCUGCAACAAGCAAGUUCUCUGCUGCUAGGCACGGUCGGCGUCAUGGUAAUGCGAUACGAUUUUAGUGAGUGAUUUUUGUAUUCAUUCAUAGAAUAUGAAAAUCUCUUUAACUAAAAAAAAAAAAAAAAAACUAGCUCCGAUAUAAAAUGUAAUAGUUGUCAAAUUACGAUAGAAGUUAUUUGAGUUUUCAAGGACCAUAGCACUUUGCUUAAACGUUUUUGCACGUCACCCUCACUAAUGCUUAGAACCUGUGAUGUUUUAGCUAAAAUGUAAUAUCUAUUGCGUUUUCGUUCUAAGACCUAAAUGUUAGUCGCUAAGCAACAUUUAUAACGCGAAUAAUAUUAAUGUAAUGUGAGCUGUCAAAUAAUUUCUUGACGCUUUAAAUAAUCUAAAGUCCGUUGUAUGUCGGAAUACGAAAGUCGCGUUUCUAUUUAGAAAAAAAAAAGUCUCAUCAGCUUCGUAGAUCUGUAACUUACGUAAGUACUUAUGGAGUAGUCAGCCUGGAACGCGGUCCUCUGUAAGCUUCAAUGUCAUAAACUAUCCGCUCUGUUGUGGCGCCUGCGUCUUCUGAGGAGUUAUGGAACUAUCGCAGUGCUAACGUCCAAAAACCAAAGAUAAAUCACAACGUUUUAGAUUUAUUGUUCGAGAUUAUUGUUUACCAGCUGAAAUUUAUUUUAAGUUCCGUAUUACUUAAUGGUUCCAAAGCUCCUUGAUGUGUUGCAAUAAAUACUAUGUCGUUUAGAUAAGAUGUAGUAAAUUAUUUCACUUUAGGUUUAGAUAUUUGGUUUUAUAUUGUUUUAUUUAUUAUAUUUCUUAACGAAAAUUAUCUCUUUUCACUUUUGUGUUACACUAAGUGUUAUACGCUUUUUUUUUACAUACUCCUAUAUACAUUAUUUUAUAAAGAUGAUCAAAUACACUUAUAUUUUCCAUUAAUAAAUUGGAGACGUCUACAAAGAUGCAUUCCACGAGGAAAGCGGAUCUUUGUUAUCUGUAAGUCUAGUUGUUUUGUUAAUGAUUAGUAAAAGAGGCUAUCCUCGGUUUGUACACGCCUGUUGCAUAGUUGUCGCUCGGAGCCGGCGCUCGGUCCGUGGCCGGGCAAACCCCAAACCGACAGGCUUGCCUUUGCACCAAGUGAUUUAGUUUGUAAUGACAUCUUUUGUAUGAUGUAUUUAAUAUAUGGAAAAUUCUCGAGGAAGAGUGUUUUCUUGAUUUUUAUUUAUUAUAAAAUAAAAUUAUGAAUUUAAUUUGCCA